AUAAUUGAGAUAAUUGAGAGGCAAACAAAAGCCAAGAAAACUACCUUAUCCCAUCAGAUUUGAAGCCACCGAAGAUCACUAAAUCUCAACUAUGCUCAUCCACAGGCCAUGCCUUCCUUCCUCCGGCCAUCUCCAACCACAAGCCAGUUCCAGUGACCUCCUCUUUCGUUCAAAGAUUUCCAACCUUAGCUUCAGGAAGUCCAAGACGUUCCAAUGUUCAAGUUUUGCAGAGCAAGGAGAAGGGUGAUCAGGUAUGAGGAAGACAAUAAUUAAUGUUGAAGAAGAAGAAGAAGAAGAAGAGGAUGAAUACAAUGCAGAGAUGGCAACGCUUGAGUCCUACACUGAAUCAGCUCGAUCCGAAGUUCUUCUUGUUGUAGCCACAGUGGACGGUGUAGUGGAGCAAGUACUCAUAUUUAAGGGAUGCUCAUCCAGCUUAAGUUCCAGAACUGCAAUAGAUCCUUCAAAGAGUGUUCUACUUGCAAAAGCUAUCAUUCAGUCAAUUGAUGUAAUAAAGGGACCGUUUGAUCCAUCCUGCAUUGAGUAUCUAGAGAAGGGCCUGACUUUGGAUGAGUUUAUAGCACGCUCCAAGGGUAAAUUAAGAAAAUGAAUACUGCUAUUCUGUUUAAUUUUUUCAAUUGUUCAACUUUCUCGCAAAAAUAAGAUAUUCCUAUCAUCCUUUUAAGGGCAUCUCCAAUCUAAUUUUAAACUCCUAUUUGGCAC